CUGGCCUAGGGGGAAGACUCAGCUCCCACGGUUUGGCUACCCGGCGGCUGGCAUGGCAGUGCCGCGGUUCAGACGCCGGCGCUUCCUCGCCCGUCAGCCGUCUAGUGCCCCCGGGCUCGCUCUGCUGGCGCUGUUGGUGCUGCCGCUCGCGGCCAGGGCCAACUGUCCGUGUCCGGAGCUCGAGCUCUGCCGCUCGAUCCGCCACCGCCGGGACUUCGAGGUCUUUGUGUUUGAUGCUGGACAAAAAAAUUGGAAAUCUUAUGAUUGGUCACAGAUUACUACUGUGGUAGCUUUUGGAAAAUAUGACUCUGAACUGAUGUGCUAUGCUCAUUCAAGAGGAGCCAGAGUAGUACUUAAAGGGGAUGUAUCCUUACAGGAUAUCGUUCAUCCGACUUUCAGAGCAUCCUGGAUAGCUCAGAAAAUUGAUUUGGCCAAAUCACAGUAUAUGGAUGGAAUUAAUAUAGAUAUAGAGCAAGAAGUGAAUUGUUCAGCACCUGAAUAUGAUGCAUUAACUGCUUUAGUCAGAGAAACCACAGACAGUUUCCAUCGUGAAAUUGAGGGAUCACAGGUAACCUUUGAUGUAGCAUGGUCUCCAAAGAACAUAGACAGAAGGUGCUACAAUUACUCUGGAAUUGCAGAUGCUUGCGACUUCCUCUUUGUGAUGUCUUAUGAUGAACAGAGUCAGAUCUGGUUAGAAUGUAUUGCAGCAGCCAAUGCUCCCUAUAAUCAGACAUUAACUGGAUAUAAUGACUACAUCAGGCUGGGCAUCAGCCCUAAGAAGCUUGUAAUGGGUGUUCCCUGGUACGGUUAUGAUUAUACAUGCCUGAAUCUAUCUGAGGAUCGUAUUUGCACUAUUGCCAGAGUGCCUUUCCGGGGGGCUCCGUGUAGCGACGCUGCAGGACAUCAGGUGCCCUACAAAAUGAUCAUGAAGCAAGUGGUUAGUUCCAUUUCUGGAAGCCAGUGGGACAAAGAUCAGCAGGCUCCUUAUUUUAACUAUAAAGAUGCUGCUGGCCAUUUUCAUCAAGUGUGGUAUGAUAAUCCUCGGAGCAUUUCUUUAAAGGCGGCAUAUAUCCAAAGUUACGGCCUACGGGGCAUUGGCGUGUGGAAUGCAGAUCAUCUUGACUACUCUGGAGACAUUAUAGCCAAACAACAAACUGAUGAAAUGUGGAAUGCCUUAAAACCAAAACUGUGGCAGACAUGAACAUACGUCACACUAUUAAAAUUUAGAAAAAUGAUCUGUAUAAAAAGAUCUAGUUUCUCGAAUAAAUAAAAAUACGUACAUUUUU